AAACGAGACGUGAGAUUUACCGACGCCUGUAGCUGGAGAAUUAGAACAUAGACAUGAUACUUUCUCUGUAUCUACAUCUGUCGUUCGCUCGAGCUGAGUGGGUUUGUACACGUGUAACGUUACAGCGGAGUGUUACAUGAAGCUAACGCUGAAUCCAGUUCACACCACAGGCUGUAUGCUAUAUUCUGGGCUGAAGUGAAGGGAUAAGGCCAAGAAGAUGAUGGAAGAGAGUGGAAUCGAGACUACGCCUCCUGCCAGCCCUACACCUCCUCUGACUGUGGCUGCCACAGUCAGCCCCCCGCCGAUCACCAUAGGUCUGUCCAGCCCUCUGUCCCUCCCUGGCACCAGCUCCAUCGGUUCCCCCGCAGUCUCCACCGCUUUCUCCCCUGUUCCCUCCCUCCCUGCUUUCAGCAGCCCUGUGGCCGCAAACCCCUCCCUGUCCUCCCCGUUCCCCCCUCCAUCCACCCUUGCCUCACCGUUCACCAGCAGCUCUCCGUUUCCCUCUCCCACCUCUGCCUCUUUGUCCCCUCUGGCCGCUCCCAUCGGGCCACCUCCCCUUUUGGCUCCCGGCAUGUCGGCCCCUCCCUCAGGCCCGCCUGUAUCCAGCUUCUCCAUGAGUGCAGGAUAUGACAUCACACGGGGUCAUGCCGGUCGUACUCCGCAGACACCGUUGAUGCCGACAUUUUCCAGUCCUGCCGCCAUGCCAGGUGUGGGACCAAACCCCAUGGUUCAGCAGCCAGCCAUGACAGGAGGAUUAGAUGCUGGAUCUCCCAUCACUUUCCCAGAGGAGCAGGAGGAUCCCAGAGGACCUGGACACACCAAUGCUGGUGGAGGCAUCUGGGGCUUUUUUAAGGGAGUAGCAGGUAACACUGUCGUAAAGACAGUCCUGGACAGAACCAAGCACUCUGUGGAGUCCAUGAUCACCACUCUGGAUCCUGGCAUGGCUCCAUACAUCAAGUCUGGCGGGGACAUUGACAUCGUGGUGACUUCAGAUGAGAUGAACGUGGAGGCCGUCAGAGACGCCUUCCAGGAGGUUUUUGGGAUGGCCAUGGUCACUGGAGAGCCCGGUCAGUCCAACAUCGCCCCGCAGCCGGUGGGCUACGCAGCUGGAGUCAAGGGGGCUCAGGAACGCAUUGAUAGCCUGCGUCGAGCUGGUGUGAUCCAUGAGAAGCAGCCAGUGGUCUCUCUGGAAAACUUCAUCGCUGAGCUCUUUCCUGACAAGUGGUUUGACAUCGGCUGUCUGAUCCUGGAGGACCCUGGUCACAGCAUCCGCAUCGAGGUCUUCACGCAGGCAACCCCUGUGGCCCUAGAUCACGUCCAACAGGCUCAGUCACUGACCCCCCCGGACUACAGCCUGCGCUGGUCCGGGCUGAUCGUCCCAGUGGGCGAGGUGCUGGAGCGCAGCCUGCCAAAUGUCAGCCGGACGGACUGGCACCAGGCCAUGACGGGCAUGGCCCGGCGCCAGAUGAUCCAGAGCGCCGCCAAAGCCCUGGCUGGUAUCUACAAACAGCAGCUCCCCCCCAGGACUGUGUGAGGCCUAGUGCUUCCACUUCCUGUCACAUACCUGGAGGAGGCAGAGACACGUCAGAGGAAAAACUGGCUGAUGGGACAGCGAGUUCCCCUCGUAUCUCGCCAUCUAUCCGCCGUCUGUCCUCGCGGGGCGAAGCCAAAUGCACAUUUCUUUAAAAGACGUUAAUGCUCCGAGAUGUUUACUGAGGUCCCAACAUGUCAGAAGGGUUUUACUGAGAGGCCAUCCCAUAUCUAGAUCCUCUCUAGCGGCCUACUCGGCCUUUAAGGGGAGACACUGCAGGGGAAUGGGGGGAACAGACAUAUUUCAACUAACGGAUAUCAGCAUCAAACUUCCCCAGUGGAACAAUUACAUUAAGACCAUUCUUUUUUUUUUUUUGUACUACAGGUUUUCUGAAAUUUUAAAAUUUUCAUUUUAAAUAUGCAAAUGAGGCCUUAUUUUAUUAAAAUAUGUGCUAAUUAGCCGACAUUUCCACAACAGAAAUGUGAACAUUAAUAAUAUAGAGCCUGGUUCAAAGUUCUAGUUUCAUUUUGUUGACAUUAGUCAGUUUUCUACAAAGCGAAUUAGGUUUAAUUUUGGAUAUCUCUUUUUAUCAUAAAUCCGCAAAAUUCUGUCAACAACCAUUAAAAAAAAUCCCUUUUCUCCAUGUCUUUCUGAAUAAAUAGUAUGAAUCAGGCUGUGAAUGAUAUCUAAACAAAGCCCUGUGUAAAAAGUCUCCCAAAUAUAUAGAGGAGUGACAGUGGACAGUUUGGUGGAUGGAAGUGUACUGAAGAGUCUUUGAAGAUACAGAUUGUAACAUUGAGACAUUUAGAAGAGCCUACAGGUGAGUAGGGUCAACAUUUAACUACCAGAUCUCAGCAAGCAUUAAACUUCCCCAACGGAUUACUGACACAAUCUUUGUAUUACAAGUUUCUGAAAUGUUUAUGAGGCAUUAUCUAACGCUAACUUUUGGUGAAUUUAGGACAAAUCUACAGACACAAAUAGGCAACCUGUUGUCAAAUAAAUGUUUUCUUUCCACAUGUGAUAAAGAAGACCUGUUAUGGAAGCAGAAUAGCCCAAAAACUGUUUUUGUGUGUAGUGUCUCCCCUUAACUACUAUGGAAUCAUCUCAUCGUCCUUCAUAAAAGAUUAUUACACAUGAUGUAUAUUAAUAUCAACAACCUUAACAAAUAUUGUGGCAAUAUUUACUUUUUUAUGAAUGCUUCUGGUUAUUGUCCAGAUUAUUACAUGGGCUGUGUCCCAGUGGCAUUCUAUGUUAGUAGAGAUCAUCAAAGACUUUAAAAAGAGAGCCAAUCCAAAAUGUGGUAGAGCCAGACGGAGCAGAACAGAGAGAGAGACUGCCAAUGCUCUGACCCAGCUACACUAAGUAAGGGGUGUCAAACAUACGCCCCGUGGGCCAGAACCGGCCCUCCAAAGGGACCAGUCAGGCCCACUGGAUGACUUAAAGUGUGAAAAUUGCAGAGAAGUAAUUCAUUCCAAUUGCAAAUGUACCACUUUAAUCUCAGAGAAUAUCAGUUUUUUCUCAGGAUAUUACCCCUCUCUCCCGGGUCCGUAACAUGAUUAUUUUUCCUACAAUGGCUUCAGAACGCUGUCGGAGCAGAAGCAACUAGUGUUUGCCAACAUCAAGCUGACAAGAAACUCUGUGGCAGAUCAAGUUUCUGAUCUGUCUGGAGAGGUCUACUGGUCUGGCCCACUGCAGAUGGGAGAUGUGGCCCAUAAACUAAAAUGAGUUUGACACCCCUGGAGUGUGGAGCUGGGUUAGGUCUGGGAUACUAGGGACCUUUGAAGUCCGCCACUACAUACUGUAACAGCGUUGAUUCCACUUUGGACUACAGUUUGGAGAGUACUAUUAGUAUUCAACAACCUUAUGUACUGUUCAUGAAGUAACCGCUACUGCUAGUUUCACAUUUCAAAAGCUUAAGUAGCUGGUAAACAUUUUAUUCUAAGCGUCUUAAUUUGGGUGAAUAUUUGAGUUUUCUGAGCUGCUCGAGCCAUCGAUCCACCGUCCGCUUUUCGGUUCUUUUUUUCUUUUUCUUUUCUUUAACAAUUUCUUUUGAGCUGUAAAUAACUCCUUUCUUUGUUUAAAACAAAUGUCCCUCACCGUGGCCGUAUGAACUUUCUAGAGGGAACGUUAACCCACCUUGACUCACCCUCGCUAUUUAUUAACGCUAUUCCUAAACUCAAUUCAAUUUAAACAACUUUAUUUAUCUCUAGAGGGCAAUUCAGUGUUGCCCUUAGAGAUAAAUAAAGUUGUAAAUAAAUGUAUUGCUCAUUGGAAAUUUAUAUUAAUAAUUUGCUGUGCGGUAAAUAGAUUAAACACAAAUGAAUUUAUCAUGUAACAUUUAAAAUAAUGAAAUUAAAUAAUAAAGGUAUUAGAAGUAGAUUUUUACACAGGUAACACCUGAAAGCCUUCAUGGUGUCAGCUGAUAUUCUGCUUUAAUGUGGCAUAUUCUCUUAUUUUUUUUAAUGACCAUAAAUUGCUCAGUGAGCGUAGAGGGGGCCCUGUGGGGCCUUAGAGGGGGCCCUGUGGCCAGUAGAAGCUUCUUAAAGCACUGACUUAAUAUGAAGCAAAUGUGUGAUCAUGGUUUAUUGUGUUGAAGCAUUUGCUCCAGGCCAAAUAGGGAUCUCUAUUUUUAUUUAGUCGGUGCAUAAUUUACAGGGGGGAUGGGGGAGGGUUACAAAUAUCUAAUAAAUUCUUUACAUAUUUAAAAGACAUUUGCACCAUAAGUCGAUGCAUAAAAGUUCACCAGAAUACAGGAAAUGAAGUGUAUGAUAUGCUCAAAACUGCACAGCUCCGUGAGCAGCCAAUGUAGUAGCAUACACUGAGGAGGUUAUUGCUUCAAUCACCUACAUUUACCAUCAACACUGAUUGGUAAUCCACAUCAAAGGUGGCCAUGCACUAAAUCCACUUAGAAUCCGUAUGUAGCGUGCAACUGGGACACAGCUAAAAUUGUCUGAUGGACCAAGUGAUAUGUUUUAGAUAUGUAUUAGUUUGGAAAAUCACAACAUGAAGUUCAUUGAUUCUUGCUUGUUUUACGGGCAACAUCUUUGCACAUUGUUGUGCUGUAUGUAUUUAAACCCACGAGUAAUAGCAGCAGGAUGCUAACAGUAACCUGCGAUGGGAUAAGAAGAAACUUAAUUUAUUUUCUGCUUCUUCAGGCAGUUGGAACACUGUCGGAAACGGAAGUUACUCAUACAGUACACUAAACUCUGUUUGUGAAGUUUGAGUGGAAAGAUCAUACUGUGCACUUUCAUUUGUGUCCCCUAAAUGUGCCUUUUUACACAAAUUAAAUAAAUCCCUUUUUCAUGCAGGUUUGUAUCGAUGCUACAUGUUUUUUUUUUCUACAUUACAUUAACUUGACAUUUAAGUUAUCUGUUGAUCGUCUUAUAAGGGAGAGAUGCAUAGACAGGCCAGGCAGGCAGACAGACAACGGAUGGAUGGACAUGCUUUUUUACAGAGAUCAGAGAUCUGUUUCUGUGACCAAAUGGAGUAAAUUACAAAUGCUACUAACAAUAAUCAUACAAAUAUUGGGUCAUAUUAAUGUACUGUAAAGUGGGACCAUUUCACCACUGGAAUCCCCCUCACCGUUGUGACAUGUUUUGUAUCUCAUGUUUGUCCUAUAAAUAAAAAUGUGCAGCAUGUUCAUUUGUAGGUUAAUGAAUGUUCUGCUUGCCAUAUUAAGAAAGGCAGGCUUUUUUGGAACAACAAUUACAUAUUGUCUAAAGUCUCUUGAAAGCCCUCAGGAUAAAAAUAAGGUUGGCUCAUAUGAGACAAACGGUCACCUUGCAGGAUUGUGAUUAACAUCAAUUAAUUUUCUUUUCUUUUAAACCCAGAAUUCAUUGCAUUGAUGAAUGUCUUUCUAAGUCCGAGGUGAGAAUCAGGAAUGAACGGUAUUAAAGUUUGUUGGAAUUGA